AUGGAAGAAAACAACAACACUUAUUUAACAAAUUCUUCAAAAUAUACAAGUCACACACUUCAACACUUCCUCACCUUCUAUUUAUUUAUAAUGCACAUCGAGAGUUGGCAUAUUGAAACAAUUAGGGACGAAAGAGAGUUGGGCGGCUAUGAAGAAUUACAACGAAACACGAAAGAAACUUUGAAGUUAGAUAGGAAAGCCCAACAUUUUUUUAGAACGUUACUUUUCGGAGUUACUACAGAUAAACUAUUCAAAUUUCAGGUUUUUUCUAGUGCAAAAACCAAUUUGGUGUCGCAUUUCUACAUUGAUAUCAUCUUUCCGGCACAUCUAUUCCAAGUAAGAGAUAUUUCAUAUAAUAGAUGGAAAGAGAUAUGUAUUAACGCCAACUUCAAGUUUAAAGCAACCAAGGAAAGGAUAAUGUUAGAAAAGGAAGCAACAGGAAUAUUCAAAUGGAUAAAUUCCUGCUCGGAAAACAGUUCCUUGAACUUUACCUUCAAUAAAAGCAAACUAAACCGCAAUUCAACUCCACUUGAAAAGUUUAACUUAGCUCAGGAUUUAGUAACUGUUAAAAAACGAUAUAAAUUUAGAGCUGUAAAAUUUCCACAAAUGAAUAAUGAAAUAGAAGUUUCAUUGGAAAGAAUAACUAACGAAAAACUUCGGAAAACAGUCUCGUUUGGAAUAUACAAUGAUUCACCCCUUACCUUUGAGAAAUAUCAGAGUCUAUCUUUAGGGGACUUUAGGAUUGAUUCCAUAUUUAUGGGAAACUGUCAUGACCAAAGUAAGUUUUUUAAAAGGGAUUUGGUACCCACAUGGGCCGUUUCAUCGUUUUCCAAUAACGACACUAGCUGUUUUGAAAGAUUAAAAUUAAAAGUCUUUGAUGUAGAAUGGAGUAAAUUGGAAUUCUAUAAGAUUAGUGUAAAAACUUCACAAGAUAUUAAGAAGAAGAAGAUCAAUAUUUUACCGUUUUUAAAGUACCUAAAGCCUUGGAAAUUGUCGAAAGACCAGUUACUGUUUUUAAAUUGGAAACCUUUUGAUGCAUAUAAAAAUUCUGACACAGUGGCAAAGAUUACUGCGGAGAGUAUUGACACUGACUUGAGUUUCGAAGUGAGAUCUUCCCCUAUUAACUUUCAAAUAUUGGAAUAUAAUUGCUUAGAUCUUAUCAGCAACGACAAAGAAAACAAGGAAUGUGUAAGAAUAGAAAUUCAGACUUGCUUCGCAAAUAAUAAAGAGAAUAAAGAUGAAUAUGCCCUUAACGAGGAUUUAAGCCCAACAGAACAGAAUAUCUUCAAUAAUUCCACUACAGAAAAUACAGAAAAUACAUCACUGGUACCUCAAAAAAGAUCUAUAAUUGAUGAAGAGCUAAGGUCGAUCUUGGAACUUAAAAGGAAAAGAAAAAAAGAAGGUGACGUUCAUGCAAAUACUAAUAAGCAAAAAACUCUGUACGGAAGUUCUAUACUGACAUUGUUGCAUAAAAACCAGCCCCAAGAUGCUGUGAGUAUUAGGUCAAACGUUAGCGGGAACUCUAAUGAACGAUCUAUCAAUACGGAUACACCGCCUCCAAAAUUAGAACAUUUGGAAACUAGUCUAAAUAUCAAUAAAAAGCCAACCGUUAUUCUUAAUAUGGAAAAGAUUGAGGUCAAUCACAGAAUAUUGCAAUGCCUGGUUAACACUUAUGAUAUAGACAUUAUUGAGGAUAAAACCUGUUUUCCAUGCGAUUUUAUUUUAAAUUCUACUGCAUGUAUUAUAAGAAUACAACUCGAUAAAUUCUUUCAGAGUGCAACAACCACACAUUUAUUCUAUGAUAGUAAUCUACAAAAACUAAUAAAGGAAUAUAAAAGGGUCAUUGUCCUUGUUGAAUAUGAUCAAGUAUUGCUUAGUGUGGACCGUGAGAUAUUCUGGAAAAUCCAGUUAUAUCUUUCUCAUCUAGCGCUGGAAGUACAUUUUGUUGGCAGCACCACCAAAGAAAUUGCAAAAUGGAUAAUGAUUCUCUCAUCAAAAUAUGCCACUUGCAACUUUACAGAAUUGCCAGUCUAUGACAUGGUUCAAGAGGAUGAAAAAAUACUUUAUGAACUGCGGUUCAAUAUGUUUUUAGUAAAGGACAUCCUAUCCAUUACGCCUCUAAAGGAAUUGCUCACAAAUAUAUCUGGUAGACGAUUCAACCGCUUACCAUCCGUGCUAACCAAGACCCAGUUGCGAAGACUCGAGAGGUUGGUCACAGCAAGUUGGUAA